UUCGGCACCUCUGAUACCCACAGCCGGCAGGAGGGAAGCAGCACCACCGAGAUCAUCCCCACUUACAACAGAACAACACACACAAGCCUGAGCAGUCAUGUCGGCCAAAGCCAUCUCCGAGCAGACGGGAAAGGAGUUCCUCUACAAGCACAUCUGCACAUCGGCCACCGUGCAGAACAGAUUCCGCUACGCCAACGUGGGGCCCGAGACCGACUUUGAGCGACUGGCGGCGGAGCACCCGUGGCUGCUCACGGAGAGGCUGGUGGUGAAGCCCGACCAGCUGAUCAAGAGGCGAGGGAAGCUGGGCCUGGUCGGCGUCAACCUGGACCUGAACGGCGUCAGAGAGUGGCUGAAGUCCCGCCUCAUGAGAGAGAUGACGGUGGGAAAAGCCAAGGGCGUACUCAAGAACUUCCUCAUCGAGCCUUUUGUCCCCCAUAAGCAGGAGGAGGAGUUCUACGUGUGCAUCUACGCCGCCCGGGAGGGCGACUAUGUGCUGUUCCACCACGAGGGAGGGGUGGAUGUGGGAGAUGUGGAUGCCAAGGCGAAGAAGCUGCUAAUUGGGGUGGAUGAAAAGAUCAGUGAAGACUCUGUGAAGAAAGAGCUGCUGACGCACAUCCCCGACGACAAGAAAGUGAUCCUGGCCAGCUUCAUCGUCGGGCUCUUCAACCUGUAUGAGGACCUCUUCUUCACCUACCUGGAGAUCAAUCCACUGGUGGUCACAAAAGAUGGCGUUUACGUGCUGGACAUGGCAGCCAAGAUCGACGCCACAGCUGACUAUCUCUGCAAGUCCAAGUGGGGGGACGUGGAGUUCCCUCCACCCUUCGGCAGGGAGGCGUACCCCGAGGAGGCCUACAUCGCUGACCUUGAUGCAAAGAGUGGCGCGAGCCUCAAACUGACCCUGCUCAACCCGCGAGGCAGGAUCUGGACCAUGGUGGCGGGAGGAGGAGCCUCAGUGGUCUACAGUGACACAAUCUGUGACCUGGGUGGCGUCAACGAGCUGGCCAAUUACGGGGAGUAUUCAGGGGCGCCAAGCGAACAGCAGACCUACGACUACGCCAAGACCAUCCUGUCUCUGAUGACCAGGGAGAAGCACCCUGACGGAAAGGUUUUGAUCAUCGGGGGGAGCAUCGCAAACUUCACGAACGUCGCAGCAACAUUUAAGGGGAUUGUUCGAGCCAUCACAGACCAUCAGAUGCCAUUGAAGGAGCAUGAGGUCACCAUUUUUGUUCGCCGUGGAGGCCCCAACUACCAGGAAGGCCUCAGAGUGAUGGGAGAAGUCGGCAAGACAACCGGCAUCCCCAUCCAUGUCUUUGGCACAGAAACCCACAUGACAGCCAUUGUCGGCAUGGCGCUGGGCCACCGGCCAAUCCCCAACCAGCCUCCUGUCGCUGCACACACUGCCAACUUCCUUCUCAACUCCAGCGGCAGCCCGUCGACUCCGGAAUCCAGCCGAACGGCUUCUUUCUCUGAAAACCGAGCCAAAGUUGAGGACUCGCCAGCCAAGAAUAUCCAAACCGGAGCUCCCAUCGCCAAGUCCACUUCCCUCUUCAGCAAACACACCAAGUCCAUCGUGUGGGGUAUGCAGACGCGGGCCGUGCAGGGCAUGAUCGACUUUGAUUACGUCUGCUCCCGAGAGGAGCCGUCUGUCGCGGCCAUGGUCUACCCGUUCACUGGAGACCACAAGCAGAAGUACUACUGGGGCCAUAAAGAGAUCCUCGUCCCGGUGUAUAAGAACAUGAGUGACGCCAUGAAGAAGCACCCCGAUGUGGACGUGAUGAUCAGCUUCGCCUCUUUGCGUUCAGCCUACGACAGCACCAUGGAGACCCUGCAGCACCCACAGAUUCACACCAUCGCCAUCAUUGCUGAGGGAAUCCCUGAAGCUCAUACCAGGAAGAUCAUCAAGGCCGCGGAUAAGAAGGGGGUCACGAUCAUCGGACCGGCCACCGUUGGAGGAAUCAAGCCGGGCUGUUUCAAGAUCGGGAACACGGGAGGCAUGUUGGAUAACAUCCUGGCCUCCAAGCUCUACCGGCCCGGCAGCGUGGCCUACGUGUCCCGCUCGGGCGGCAUGUCCAAUGAACUCAACAACAUCAUCUCACGCACCACCGACGGUGUUUUUGAAGGCGUUGCCAUCGGCGGGGACAGAUACCCAGGCUCAGUGUUCACUGAUCAUGUGCUGCGCUACCAAGACACUCCAGGAGUGAAGAUGAUUGUUGUACUGGGAGAGAUCGGAGGCACAGAGGAGUACAAGAUCGGCCAGGCCAUCCAACAGGGCCGCAUCACAAAGCCAGUGGUGUGCUGGUGUAUUGGUACCUGUGCUACCAUGUUCUCCUCAGAGGUGCAAUUCGGCCAUGCAGGAGCCUGUGCCAACCAGGCCUCCGAGACAGCAGAUGCUAAAAACACGGCUCUGAAGGAGGCGGGGGCCUUCGUCCCCAAGAGCUUUGACGAGCUGGGCGAGCUCAUCAAUUCUGUUUAUGAUGACCUUGUGGCUAAAGGAGUUAUCCAGCCGGCCGUAGAGAUGCCGCCUCCCACUGUGCCGAUGGAUUACUCGUGGGCACGCGAGCUCGGUCUGAUCCGUAAGCCGGCCUCCUUCAUGACCAGUAUCUGUGACGAGAGGGGUCAGGAGCUCAUCUACGCCGGCAUGCCCAUCACGGAGGUCUUCAAGUCAGAAAUAGGCCUCGGAGGAACUCUGGGGCUUCUCUGGUUCCAGAGGAGGUUGCCGAGGUACGCCUGCCAGUUCAUCGAGAUGUGCCUGAUGGUGACCGCUGAUCACGGCCCCGCCGUCUCCGGCGCCCACAACACCAUCGUCUGCGCUCGAGCUGGCAAAGAUCUCAUCUCCAGUCUCACCUCCGGCCUUCUCACCAUCGGCGACCGCUUCGGAGGCGCUCUGGACGCUGCAGCAAAGCAGUUCAGCAAGGCGUUCGACAGCGGCAUGCUGCCCAUGGAGUUCGUCAACAAGAUGAAGAAGGACGGCAACCUGAUCAUGGGCAUUGGCCACAGAGUCAAGUCGAUUAACAAUCCAGACAUGAGAGUCCAGAUCUUGAAGGACUAUGUGAAGCAGCACUUCCCCUCCACCCAGCUGCUGGACUACGCUUUAGAUGUGGAGAAGAUCACCACCUCCAAAAAACCCAACUUGAUCCUGAAUGUGGAUGGCUUUAUCGGGGUGGCCUUUGUGGACUUGCUCAGGAAUUGUGGUGGAUUUACAAGGGAUGAAGCUGAUGAGUUUGUGGAAAUUGGAGCUCUGAACGGCAUCUUCGUCCUGGGGCGCAGCAUGGGAUUUAUUGGACACUACUUGGACCAAAAGAAGCUGAAGCAGGGUCUGUACCGCCACCCCUGGGAUGACAUCUCCUACGUGCUCCCGGAACACAUGUCCAUGUAACCGGAGGGACUAAACCAGAGAGCGCCAGAUCACCUCACCGAGCCGCCAUCACCCCGCCCAUACUGUGGUCCGCCACUCCGAAGCAGUAUUGUAAUGUCGAAAAGAUGUAACUAUGGAUAUCGUUGUAAAUUGCAAAUAUUGAAAAGAAGAGUGUGUUUUUAGUUCUAGAAACCGGUCAGUGCUGCAGCUCUUUGAAUAUUAGUAUAACCUGCCAAACUGUGACGCUCUCGUAAAUGAUGAAUCAGAUAUACAGAUAAAGAGGUCAACAUUGAUUAUUCAACUGACCAACACCACUCUCAUGGCUAGUGAAGUAUUAUUCUUUACUCCACAAAUAUAUAUAUAUAUAUUACUGUCGCAUUAACUGAGCAUGUGUCUCUGUGCAGCUCUCUUCAUUGUGCCACUUGAGAGUCGUGAGCUUGCACAAGUAGAACAUGUAGUGCAAUAAGGCAAAUAAUAUGAGAACAUACUGUAGAUCAGAGCUUUAUUUAUGUAUAGAUGUAUCAAUGUCAUAGUUUUUAUUUUCAUUAAUGUUUUUGACACUGGGGGUGAAACUAUGAGUCAUUCUAUUACCAUUAACAUAACCUGAACUAUUAUUAGAAUAUGUCCAUGUGCACUACAAGACAGCAAGUCAUUUUAGCAGGUAAAUGCUGUUAUAUAUGUAAUGUCUUCACAUAAUAUAUUAGGUGUAAAUAAGUUUUUUAAUGAAUGAGAUGAGGAUUUUAAAAGUAGGAUUUUAAAAGUCAUUCCAUCCCCACUAUUUAUCCAUGUACUACUCACUUUUUGCAUUUGAACACACCUUUCAGAUUGUUAUAUUUGUGUUUAACGGAGAGAAACUAUGUGAACAAUCUGCUAAUUGUAAUACUGAGUGAAGGACACGUCUGUUCUAUGUUAAAUGAAAGAAAAUUAAAAAAUAUUCCCACACCAAAAGAAAAUGUGUUUUCAACCAUCACCAGUGUCGUCUAUUAUGUGAAUGUUAAAAAACAAAACAAAAUCUUUGGACAACGGGAAACCUCUCCGAUAUUAUCGCAAUGUUUGUUUGUAAUCGUUUCGAUGUGAAUUUAAUGUGCUUCAACCGAUUUGUCGUAUGUUGACAACUGUAAUUGAGUCAAAUAAAAUUCAAUUUAUGUAA